GGGCGAUGUCGUCGGUUGGAACUAACUCAACUUUGCUGUUUACAUGUGGGGAAAGGAGAUGGAAGUAUUUUCUACUAUCAAGUUUGAUAACAUUUGGGGCUGGGUUAGUGGUUAUUUUAGUGUACCGAUUGUUUAUGUUUAUUUGUUGUCUAAAACGAGCCAUAGCGAGGAAAUCGUUGAUGAUAACUCCAAAACCGGUUGUUCACAAGGAGAAAGACACUAAUAAAGACGACAGAAAGAACAGCGGAUUUUUCAAAAAUCAUGAUCCAGAGGUGGGCUGGUUAACAGAAGCCAAGGACUGGGCUGGGGAGUUGAUCUCGGGACAGACGACUACAGGAAGAAUUCUGGUGGGCUUGGUGUUUGUUCUCAGCAUAGCAUCCCUCAUCAUCUAUUUCAUUGAUGCAUCCUAUGAGCAGGUGGAGUCGUGUACGCCGUGGGCAGAGAGCACCACACAGCAGAUAGAUCUUGCGUUCAAUGUCUUCUUCAUGAUCUACUUCUUCAUACGGUUUGUUGCCGCCAAUGACAAGCUUUGGUUUUGGGUGGACAUCUUCUCAUUGGUGGACUAUUUUACCAUUCCUCCCUCAUUUGUAGCCAUAUACCUGGACCAUCAAUGGCUUGGGUUUCGGUUCUUGAGAGCAUGUCGGUUGAUGUCAAUCCCAGACAUCCUCACAUAUUUGAACAUCCUCAACUCCAACACUGUGAUACGUCUGUCCCACCUUGUGUCAACCUUCCUCAGUCUCUGGCUGUCUGCUGGAGGCUUUCUACACUUGGUGGAGAACUCUGGUGAUUUCUUCAACAACUUUGAGAAUCCCCAAAUUCUCACGUACUGGGAAUGCUUGUACUUCCUUGUUGUUACUAUGUCAACCGUCGGCUAUGGAGACAUCUAUGCCCGUACUUUGAUUGGCCGUCUGUUCAUGUCUAUCUACAUAUGUACCAGCAUUGGGUUGUUUGCAAGCUGGAUUCCAGAAAUUGCAGAUAUCAUUGGAAAGCAGAACAAGUAUGGAGGUUCAUACAAAAAGGAAAGAGGAAAAAAGCAUAUAGUGGUGUGUGGCCACAUUACAUACGAUUCUGUAGCAAACUUCUUGCAAGAUUUCCUGCACAAGGACCGUGAAGAUGUGGAUGUUGAGAUCAUAUUCUUGCACAAGGCUUUACCUGACCUUGAGUUGGAAGGUUUGCUUAAAAGACACUUCACACAAGUAGAGUUCUUUCAGGGAACUGUCAUGGAUGCCAUUGACCUUGAGAGGGUCAAGAUUAAAACUGCCCAUGCAUGUUUGGUCUUGGCCAACAAAUACUGCACGGAUCCUGAUCAGGAAGAUGCGUCCAACAUCAUGCGGGUGAUAUCCAUCAAGAACUACCAUGCCGACAUCAAGGUCAUAGUCCAGCUUCUGCAGUACCAUAACAAGGCGUAUCUGUUGAACAUUCCCAGCUGGGACUGGAAGCGUGGAGACGAUGCUGUCUGCAUUGCAGAGUUGAAACUUGGCUUCAUUGCUCAGAGCUGUCUGGCGCCUGGCUUUUCUACGCUGAUGGCAAACUUGUUCACUAUGCGAUCCUAUAAACCGUCGCUGGACAUGCAGCAGUGGCAGAACGACUACAUGCGGGGAACAGCAAUGGAGAUGUACACAGAGUUCCUGUCCAGCUCCUUCAAUGGCAUGACCUUCCCUGAGGCGGCAGAACUGUGUUUUGCAAAGCUGAAGCUGUUGCUAUUGGCGAUUGAGGUGCGGUCAGAGGAGGGUAAGGAGAGCACCCUAGCCAUCAACCCGGGGCCCAAGGUCAAGCUGGAGACCGCCACGCAGGGCUUCUUCAUAGCAGAGUCUGCUGAGGAGGUCAAGAGAGCCUACUACUACUGCAAAAGCUGCCAUAGUGAAAUAAUUGACAUCAGAAUGAUCAAGAAGUGCCGAUGUAGACCAUUGGCGAUGUUCCGCAAAGGUGCUACGGCUGUCCUAGCUGCAACACAGAGUCACAACCCGAACCCAUUUGGCUUGAAGGACAAGAUCAAGAAGGCACCCGCUGGAGGUGGCAACAUGCCCAGCAGUCCGAGCGUGGUGCCAUUGGAGAAGGAGAACAGUGAGAUCCCAGCCGCCCCCUGGACCAUCAACGCGGAGAAAGGGGGCGUGGCAGACGAGCCUCGCAAGUUUGACUCCACUGGCAUGUUCCACUGGUGUCCAGGACGACACAUUGAUGAGGCUAUCUUGGAUCGCAACAAAGCAGCCAUGACCGUACUAUGCAACCACGUGGUCGUCUGCCUGUUUGCAGACGCAAACUCCCCACUGAUUGGCCUGCGCAAUCUUGUGAUGCCGUUGCGCGCAAGCAAUUUCCACUUCAAUGAGCUAAAGCAUGUCAUUAUUGUCGGCAAUCUGGACUACUUGCAUAGAGAGUGGAAAACCAUCCAGAACUUUCCGAAAGUUAUGAUAUUGCCAGGUUCCCCCCUGAACCGUGCAAACCUGCGUGCCGUGAACAUCAACCUGUGUGACAUGUGUGUGAUCCUCUCUGCCAAGGACCGUAACCUUGACGACCCUCACCUCGUGGAUAAGGAGGCCAUUUUGUGCUCCCUCAACAUCAAGGCCAUGACCUUUGAUGACAGUGUGGGGCUCAUACAGGCAUCGUCACCCGGUAACCUGGGAAACGUCGAGUUCCUGCCACCUGGAUUCAUGCAGGUUACCAGUCCAUCUAAGACGUCCAGACGAGGGUCAGCUUGUGGCUCCAAUGUGCCUCUUAUCACAGAGCUAGCCAACGAUUCUAACGUGCAGUUUUUGGACCAAGAUGAUGAAGAUGAUCCUGACACACAGCUGUACAUGACGCAGCCGUUUGCGUGUGGGACAGCCUUCGCUGUCAGCGUCCUGGACUCCUUAAUGAGCACGAGUUACUUCAACGACAACGCUCUGACCCUGAUACGGACCCUGAUCACAGGCGGGGCCACCCCAGAGCUGGAGCAGAUACUUGCAGAGGGGGCGGGCAUGAGGGGAGGCUACUGCACCCCUGCCGUCCUCGCCAAUAGGGACAGGUGUAGAGUGGCGCAGGUGUCCUUGUAUGACGGACCCUUUGCAGAGUUUGGGGAAGGGGGUACGUACGGAGCCCUGUUUAUUCACGCGCUACGACACCAGGGCAUCCUGUGUAUUGGUCUGUACCGGUUCCGGGACACAACCUCCAAUGAGAAGAGUCCCUCGUCAAAGCGCUACGUGAUCACAAACCCACCUGAGGACUUCAAGUUGCUACCAACUGACCAGGUGUUCUCCCUCAUUCCCUGUAAUCUCUCUAAAAGCUCUGCUCCUUUACCAAACGGAACUGACAAAAAUUUUCUGUCUCCAACCAUUUACCAAUCCGAAGACAAAAAAGAGGCCAUCAUCACAUCGCAGAGCCGAGCAUGACAUUGAAUCGAAACAGUACCACUACAGUAAUAGCCAAGGGGAAUACAACGCAUAGUUAGCAUAGUGACUGCGGUUGUGGCAUCAGCUCAAUUAGAGUGAUCCCCCUUGGAGGAGUUUUUUCAUAAUUGCAAUUCAAAGACAAUGAAAUCUUUAAUGUACAAUCAUCAGUGUCCUCAUUAGCAUCAGGCUUUAUUAAUGUGAAGAUUAUUUAUUAUAGUGAACUUUAACUAGCUGCAUUAUGAUCAGGUUCUGUUGAUAAUUCAAACAUUCCAGAUUAUAUCAAAUUUCCUCAGAUGUUGUACAAACAUCAUAAAACAGUUUUUAAUGGCUAUCACAUUUCGUUGAACAGCAAUUAUAAAGUUGCUAUUACUGUGUCAGUCUACUUUUUAAAAACAUUGGCAUACCACAAUAGGGAAUUGUCAAGCCAAUGUGAGAAGCUGCAAUGCAAACCUUUAGGAUUUCUGUAAUGAAAUAGUUCCUGUCAGUGAUGCCAUAUAUCGAUUGCAUAUCAUAAUAGGUUACUGCUAUCUUAGCUUAAUGGCCCACAUUCUGGGAAAACUGCAGGGCUCAAUGUAUGUUUGUACAUGCUAAUCCUGGACUACACUUGGGCUCAAUGUAUGUUUGUACAUGCUAAUCCUGGACUACACUUGGGCUCAAUGUAUGUUUGUACAUGCUAAUCGUGGACUACACUUGGGCUCAAUGUAUGUUUGUACAUGCUAAUCGUGGACUACACUUGGGCUCAAUGUAUGUUUGUACAUGCUAAUCCUGGACUACACUUGGGCUCAAUGUAUGUUUGUACAUGCUAAUCCUGGACUACACUUGGGCUCAAUGUAUGUUUGUACACGCUAAUCCUGGACUACACUUGGGCUCAAUGUAUGUUUGUACAUGCUAAUCCUGGACUACACUUGGGCUCAAUGUAUGUUUGUACAUGCUAAUCCUGGACUACACUUGGGCUCAAUGUAUGUUUGUACAUGCUAAUCCUGGACUACACUUGGGCUCAAUGUAUGUUUGUACAUGCUAAUCCUGGACUACACUUUAUGCUGAGACUGGAUUUUUGUUUAGAAGAUACUUCCUUUAAAUGAAAAAUUCCAUAAAAGCUGAAAGUGUGGUCCAUUAUUAGCCUGUGCAGACAGAAUGGGAAAACAGGGGUGUCAAAGUUCAGGAUUAUUCCUGAAAUCAGGAUUUAGGCCCUCAAAAACUGUUUUUAUAUUUAUUAUAAAUUAGAGGAUUUUUGUUCUGGUAUUUAAAGAUUUUUGUCACAAAAUGUCAUUUUAAACUUAAAUUAUUUUAAUUUGGCAUAUUGUUUGCAUAGUUAUUAUAUUUAAAUUAAUUAUUUACCCUCUUGGCACUGGCCCCCCACAUGUAAGGCUUAUUUUCAGGAUUUUAGAUUUUGGGCAUUUGACACCCCUGGAAAACUUAAGCAUGCAUUAAGCCCAGUUUUCCAAGGAGGGAAAACUUAAGCAUGCAUUAAGCCCAGUUUUCCAAGGAAACUGGUAAAAUAUCUGAGCAAGUCUUUCAUACCGGCUGCAUUGGAAAAAGUCAAGUUGAUGCACCUGUAAAUACAUGAACAUUUGUUAGAUUGAUUUAUAUCAUUAUGUGUUUUAUAUUUUUGAUCGAUUGAAAACAUUGUUUGCUCUAUUUACCAAGGUUAUCAGAAUUUUGAUUCAAGAAAUUUGCAUUACCAUAUUUCUUAGGCUUUGAAUUUGUAGUGAGUUCAUUUUUUCAUUCCUGCACAAGUUUAUAUAAUUGUAUAUAUGAUUGUAUUUGUUAUGAUGUUUUUGAGGUUAAAUGUCUGAGUGACUGUUUCUGUCUGGCCUAAUUGAAAACAAUUGUGAUUUUUAUGUUUGCGUUUGUCAAAAUUAAUUAAUGCACCAUAAAUCAGCAAACAUAUUUGAAACUUAAUUGCUUUAACCUCUUUAGUGAUCAAAGUCAACAACGUAACCUCAAUAGUGUAUGAUGUUAACAUUCAAAAACAUUCAAGUGUUUACAGCAUUAAAAUCAAUAACAUUUGAAUGUUCAUUGAUAUUUUAUUGUUAAUCAAACCUCGGUGAAAAUUGCAUAGGCAAAACUGUUUAUUAUUCCAUGAUGUUGAAUUUUUACCCAUAAUGAUUCACUUUUGUGUACUGGAUGAAUGUAUUGUGUGCACUAUCAUGAUUAUUACCUCUUAGUUUAGAAUCAUGUUAUUUUCUUUAUUAAAUAGUGCAAUCUCUUUAUUAAAUGGCCUUCACAUUUAUUAUGCUCCCCCAAAAUUUAUUUUUGUCCGGGCUAUUUCUCAGCAACUAAUGACCGGAAUUCAAUGAAACUUUAUGGGAAGCUUCACUAUUAAGAGGAGAUGUGCAUAUUAUCAACGGGUUCUGGUCGGAUGAUUUUUCACAGAGUUAUGGCCCUUUGAAAUUAAUUUUCUGUAAAAAAAAAUCUUUUCCCCCCAACUAUUGUGCCCUCAAGACAUUUCCUUUUAUCUGAAUAUAUAGGGCUAUUUCUCCCCAACUACUGACUGGACUUAAAUGAAGCUUUAUGGGAAGCUUAACUACCUUAAGGAGAUGCACAUGUUAUUAGUGGGUUCUGGUUAGAUGAUUUAUUUAGAGUUAUGGCCCUUUGAAAUUUUUAAGUUGCUAAACCAUCCAUCGUAUUUUUUGUCCAAAGUUAUGCCCCUCAAGACGUUUACUUUUAUCUGAAUAUAUAGUGCAAUAUUGUGACAAAAAAACCUUUGAGGAGCAUGACCCAUCUCCGACGGUUUCUUGUUUAACUUAGUUCCUGGGACAACAAGCAAUUUAGGUAGUUCAUUGCUUGACAUUCAUAUACCCAAUUAGACACCUUGUCUGAAAUCCUUUGCUUGCAGUGACAUCUUUCAAGUGGGUGGAUUGUGUAACUUGAAACAUCAUUAUUUUCUAUUUUAAAUAUCUGCAUUUAUUUAUCAAAACCGUGUUUUUAUUAUCUGAUUUGCACAAUGUACCAUCAUAUUCCUUAUCAACUGUUUUGUCCAGUAUUCACUUUCAUUAAUUCAUUAAAUGAGUUAUCAAUUAAUUAAUUCUACGCACACAUACUCUUUUUUUCAUUUCAUGUUAUAAGCGACAUGAAUUUGAAAAACUGACUUGUUUAUAUGAUAUUGUACCAUCCGAAAAUUGAUGCAUUUGUUCAUAAAGUAGUUUGUGAACAUGUUCUUUCAAAGCAAUUUAAAAAAAGCUUAUCUGUCUUUCAAUAGUGUAUUUCAGAUGUUCAAUAUUUUACAAGUAGUUUACUCACAUAGCAAUGCAGAGAAUAUAACUCAUGUAAGAAGUUUGAUAAUUUUACACAAAAGUUAUUCUAAACAUAUUAAAAAGGAAGUAUUUAUACACAGUUAUAUAAGUGCAAUAAUGUUUUGUAUGUCUAUUUAUUCUUAUGAAAAAUUAUAUAUUUAAUUAUAUUAUAUAGAAGAUAUUUAUUAUUGUGUACAUUUUGUUUGAACAGAUAAAUAUUGCUGAAAUGGAAGCAUUAAAUUAUUACUCUAAAAUCAUUAAUAUUAAUUAUGUUGAAGUUCUCUAAUGCCAAGACAGAGGCAUCGAUUGCAUAUGAAGGAAUGUACAUGAAACACAGUAAAACUGUGUCUGAAGUAUGCAUGCAGAACAGACACAACUGUUCUAUCCUCAACCAUUUACCAGUACCGGUACAUCAACCAUUUACCAGUACCGGUACACAAUGUCAUUUAAUCCUUUACCACUUAGAUAUGUAUUUUUACGCAUUUGAAGUCCCUUAGAAUGUUAUAUUUAAUUUAAGAUCUUUCUUACUAGAUUCAAGUUUUUAAGGCUUCAUCUCCAAACCUUAGAUACUGAUGAGCAGCAAACAGCAUACAACCUUAACAGAAUGCGAGUUACUUGCAGGCUGUUCUGGUUUUAUGCUGUAUGCACAUAGCCAUUUUCACUUUGCUUCUAAGUGGGAAAGGGUUAAUAGACAAAUAUUUAUAUGCAUCAUAGUUGUCCAAAAACAUAAAUAGUAACGCCCUACAAUAUUAUAUUAUUUACAUGUUUAAUAGAAAUUUAUCUUGGUCUUAAAUUCUGAUGCUAUUAUGUCACAACUUUUUGGGAAAAAAUAUUUUACUAUGAACAAGAAGGUUUUGCUUGUCCUACCACACUAUUUCUGCUGAUGUAACUGGUACUUGGUAAUGGAUGGAAACACUCAUAAUUGUCCCCUACUGGUUUCACCGGAGGGGACUUAUGGUUUGCACUCGGUCUGUCUGUCUGUCUGUCUGUCUGUGUGUGUCUGUCUGUCAGUUUGUCACACUUUUCUGGAUCCUGCGAUAACUUAAAAAGUUCUUCAUAUUUUUUCAUGAAACUUGAAACAUUGAUAGAUGUCAAAUUGGACAUUAUGCAUGUCAUUUCAUUUUGUUUCUACGUCAAAAAUUCUGGUUGCUAUGGCAACAAAUAAAAAUUUAAAAAAAAAAUCUGACAAUGGUGGGGCCGGUAGGGGACAUAUAUUGCUUGGCAAUAGUCUUGUUAUUAUAUAUUUCAUGACACAUUGGCAAGAGACUGUGAUAUUAUAUUAUUAUGUAAAUAUAUGUCUAUUAUUAUAGCGUGACUUUGCAUGUGAAUUUUCUUUAUCUGCGUUAAUGCUCCAUUUUGAUGUGAUGACGACCUGUGUGUUUGAUUCAGCUAAACAAUUAUUAAAUUCACAAUCCAAAUAUUUUGCUUCAAUAUUUUGAACUGUUUAUUUAUUUCAUUUAUUAUGUAAGAUGUUAUUUAAUUUGUAAAGCUGUUUUCCCUGAUCUAUUCAAAUGUUCUACCAUUGCCAGCCUUCUAAAUAAGCAUUAAACCAUCUUUAGCAUUUGUCUUGUAUACAAAAUGUGUGCUGAAUAAAGUUGAUGUUGUUAAA